GCUAAUGGCGAACGCGCAUGCGGAGAAGAGCACAACAGCGAUCCUAGACCGGUGUGAUGAAGCAUUCUGCACCACACAAAUCCUGCACCCAGCUACUUCCCAUAAAGCGCAGAACUGCUUUAAACAGACGCUUUAAUCCAGAGACUUACAGUCAUGACUGAAUACAAUGGAAGCAUAUGAGCAUAUUCUUUAUAUUGAUUUAUAUAUUACAUUAGAUUUAAUUCCAGUUUUACCACCGCUUUAUCCUGGUCGCUGUGAAUCCAGUUUCCCCAGACAUCACUGGCUUUAUUUGAAAAGAGGUGCUCUGUCUGGUGUAUUCUUGCAUUAGUCUAAACAAUCUUCUAAACCGCUUUUAACUGGGAGUAAACACUGGGAGUAUUAUAUUUGAAUAUUAUUUUUCAUCAGGCGCGUAUGAAGCUACAAAAAGGGGUCCUGAAGAUGCAGAACAUGCCAGGAUUCAAAAUUCAUCAUCACACCCACUUCUGUCUGAUCCUGGAUCAGCGCAGGACCCCAGUGUUUACCUUCCGCUUAGAGUAUUUCUGAGUAUAUAAUAAUCCGUUUACUUCACUGAGGUGAUGGUUUAAUGAAUAACGUGUACAUUUUAACACAUACACAGAUUUAUUUAAUUAAAUUUCAAUAAUUUACACGAUUAUUUUAUAAACAUUGCUCAUUAAUAUUCACCCCCUGUGUGGGAGCUGGAAUGACCCGGAUGUAGUUACAGAACCAGGGGCUGAUGUUUGUAGUAAAUUUGGACUCGAUAAAGAGGAAACUAUUGCAAUAAAAUCUAAAAUCAGCAAAAUCAUGGGAGUUACAUGUGUGUGUCAGGUACCAGUGCUGGAGGGGAAGAGUGUUCAGCAGACGGUGGAGCAGGUCCAUAAGAAACUGGAGCAGUUGGGUGCAGUGAAGCAGGGCAGCUUCUUCAUCGACUGUGAAACCUACCACGCUACAGGAAACUCCACAGGUCAGCCCUCCAAGCUGCUGUACGUGAUGCACAAUUCCGAGACGCCGCUCAGCUGCUUAGCUCUGUUCGAUGGCGGCCCGACGUUGGCGGCUGACGCUAACUUUGACGUGCUAAUGGUGAAACUGAAGAGUCACUUCCAGAACGCUAAAGGACACAAGGUGGAGAGCCGCGGUGCCCGCUACCGCUACACCGACUUCCUGAUCAAGGUCGGGACUGUAACCAUGAGCUCCAGCGCCCGAGGAAUCUCGGUGGAGGUGGAGUACAGUGCCUGUGUGGUUCCUGGUGACUGCUGGAACCUGAUCAAAGAGUUCAUGCAGACUUUUUUGGGCGCCAACACCCCUGAGCUCCCCAGCGUGUUCAGUAAUAAAGUGGAGGGUCUGUUUGCUCCGUCAGACAUCAUGGACACCAUGAACCAGUACCUCGAGCUCUUCAGCAAAAUCCGCAAGCAGCAGGUUCUGCCGGGGAGCGGUGUACGAUGAGACCUGUGUUAGAACAUGUACACACACACACACACACACACACACACACACACACACAGUGUGGAUCAGACAGUGUAAGAUACUGUACAGAAUUUUCAGGUCUGCUUGGAAUGAAUGAAAUUAAAAUUAUGCUUUUUUGUAUGAAAACAUUUUAAUAAAAUAAAAAAACAUGUAACAGAA